UGUAAUAAUAGUAUAUAAUUUCUGACAAUAGACAACGCAACACUUCUCUCUUCCCGGAGCCACACAAACAGAAGAAAUUUAUCUCUGAGGAAGUGGAGAAGACAACAAGGCAUAACCAAAGCCAGGAACAGCAAUAAGGUUAACACCUUCAAAAUAUGUUGAUGUGUUUCCGAUCACCCUUCUUUCUUCUUGUUUUUCUUUCUUUUGUUCUCUUUACAUGUCAAACUUCUGCAACCUCUUAUACGCUGCGCAUUGCAGAGAGCGAGAAUGGUGAGGUGGUCCCUUGGAAAAUAAGGAGGUCUCUUGCAGAUGAAACGACAACAGGUAACUCCACUUUGAUUUUGGCUGCACAGAGAACACAAAGGAGAGACCCUCUUGAAAAUUUUAAGAAAUAUACUGGAGGAUGGAAUAUCAGCGAUCAACACUACUGGGCUUCCGUUGGUUUUACUGCGGCUCCAUUCUUUAUCAUCGCUGGAAUCUGGUUUGCUGUCUUUGGUUUGUGUUUGUGCUUCAUAUGCCUCUGUUAUUGCUGCUGCCAAAGAGAGCCUUAUGGCUAUUCUCGAUUAUGCUAUGCCCUGUCCCUUAUUUUCCUCAUAUUCUUCACCAUAUCUGCAAUUGUUGGAUGCGUUGUUCUAUACACUGGUCAAGGAAAGUUCCACAACAAUACGUUAGACACUCUUGAUUACGUUUUGAAACAAGCCAAUAUAACUGGUGAAAACCUAAAGAAUGUGUCAGAGUAUCUUUCUGCGGCUAAACAGAUUGGCGUAAAUUCAGUUUCUCUGCCAGCAGAUCUUCAGAGUGGGAUUGAUGCUAUUGAUGCAAAGAUCAACUCUUCUGCUACCACUCUUUCGUAUCAGACUGAGAAGAACUCGAAAGAUAUAAAGGAUGGAUUGGAUAGCAUGAGGUUGGCUCUUAUAGUUAUUGCUGCUGUAAUGCUUUUGCUGGCAUUUGUUGGGUUUUUGUUCUCUAUUCUUGGAUUGCAAUGUCUUGUAUACUUCCUGGUGUUCAUUGGGUGGCUUCUUGUUGCGGGCACAUUCAUUUUGUGUGGUGUAUUUCUUCUCCUCCAUAAUGUGGUUGCAGAUUCAUGUGUUGCAAUGGAUGAGUGGGUCCAGCACCCCACUGCACAUACAGCUUUAGACGAUAUACUUCCAUGUGUGGAUAAUGCAACCGCCCGAGAAACUUUGCUAAAAUCUAAGAAUGUCACACAACAACUUGUGGGUGUGGUUGAUAGCAUCAUCAAUAAUGUUGCCAAUAGCAAUCUUCCGCCACAAGCUGGACCUUUAUAUUACAAUCAGUCUGGUCCAAUGGUACCUGUUCUUUGCAAUCCAUUUAAUUCUAAUCUGACGGAUCGCCAAUGUGCGGAUGGUGAGGUGGAGCUGAGCAAUGCUACAGAGGUAUGGAAGAGCUAUGUUUGUGAGCUGUCAGCAAAUAACACCUGUGCUACUACUGGUCGGUUGAUCCCUACCAUGUACAGUCAGAUGUCAGCUGCUGUGAAUGUGAGCUACGCAUUGUAUCGUUAUAGUCCAUUCUUGGUUAAUCUGCAAGACUGCACUUUUGUACGUGACACUUUCACAGUCAUAAGUAACAAAUACUGCCCUGGUAUGCGGCGCUAUACUGAAUGGAUCUACAUUGGUUUAGUAGUGGUAUCCGCUGCUGUGAUGUUUUCACUGAUCUUCUGGGUGAUCUACGCGAGGGAGCGUCGACAUCGUGCUUACACUAAAAGAUAUGUUGCUAGAACCCACGAAGGCAUAGAGAAAAGAGAUCUUCAAAACUAAUAGUAAAAUCUUUCCUUGUACAUUCUGAAGUAUUAAAUAUAAACCUCUUCUUUUUUUCGGUCCGAAUAUACGGUUGUAACUUUUAUUAGGCACAAAUAUUUUGCAGUACCUUCUAUGGUAACUUAAUAGCACUAUAUCAGAUUAUAUAUGUUAAAUUUUUGGAAGCUA